CAAAAGAGGCUGAGCGUUACACGUGGAAUUUUGGCUUUGCCGCUCUCGCAAGAAGGCUCGACCUAAGCUCUUCUUCUAUCACCAACCGUCGCCAUUACCUUCCCCGUCCCCCAAAAGUAAUAGAGCUAAGCCAAGAUGUCGUCCGCCGCUGUUAUGAACCUUGCCUUCAUGUUUGGCGCCAUGCAGGUGGCCAAGCGGAUCCCCUUUGACGAGCAGCCAGAGUACAUCAUCUACGCUCGAAUUGCGUACGCAACGGCCCAGGCCAUCUGCCUGCUCAUCAACUACUUCUGUGCCUGGAAGGUCAAGAAGGCAAACGACCUCACUGUGCUCAAGUACGUCGAGCCAAAGAGCCCCAUGUCGCAGGAACCGGGCGAGCUAGUCACGACGACGCACCGAGAUUACGACCUGCAGGAGAUCAGCAAGGCCACGCGUGGCGUCAUGAUGGGCACCCUCAUGGUCGGUGUCAUGCACUUCUACAUGGGCUACACCAAUCCCCUUGUCAUCCAGUCGAUCCUGCCCAUCAAGAACGCCCUCGAGUCCAAGCACGCUCAGAUCUGGAUCUGGGGCAAGCCUGCCACGGGCGACCUCAAGAGGCCCUUCAAGGCUGCCGGCGGUCUCUUCGGCGCAGCAACAGGCGCUCAGGGUGGCCCUCAGACGGACAAGAAGGCUAUCGCAGAGGCAGAAAAGGCGGGAGGUGCCAAGAAGGAGGAGUAAAUGGGAUGACGAGACUUGCUCCGGUGCUCUCGAUCUCGGAAGGAAAGGAAGGGCUGCAUGUAUUACAACUUCGCAAUUUUUCUCUCAAUUCUUCUCCGUUUCAGGCCACACGCCUGUCGGAGGUGACGAAUCGAUCUAGAUCCCAGCCUCCCUGCGGCUCCUCUACCACGCCUGCUUUUUGGAGUGUCUCGAGCGUCUGGAGGAGCACCUCUUCGCUGACUUCAUUUGUUUUUACGCUCUGGCCCUUGAGACGUUUGCCCCCACUUCCCUGCCCCUCUCGAGAGUCGCCGACCCAUCGCACACCGGCAUACCACUGGUCAACGUCCUUUGCGUCGUACUUCAUCUGCUCGACGAUUGUGCUCUUUGCUUUUUCUUCAUCACUGGUGAACUUUUUGACCUGGUCCGCCAGCUUGCCCAAGAAUUUAU